UUCACCUGCACAGCCAUGGGCUGCAUUCAGAGCAUAGCCUGUAAUAAGUCACGCAUCAAACGGGAGAACAUCGUUGUGUAUGAACUGUCUGCCACCAUAGACCACUGUCCGACUGUCAUUGAGGAGAACUCGCCCAUAGUGCUUCGAUACAAGACUCCUUAUUUCAAAGCCUCGGCGCGGAUUGUGAUGCCCCCCAUUCCACGCAAUGAGACAUGGGUGGUGGGCUGGAUCCAGGCUUGCACCCAGAUGGAAUUUUACAACACCUAUGGCGACGUCGGCAUGUCGAGCUGGGAGCUGCCUCAGUUGCGGGAAGGCCUGGUGAGGGCCAUCAGCGACUCAGACGGUGUGAGCUACCCCUGGUACGGAAACACAACAGAGACUGUCACCAUAGUAGGCCCCACCUCCAAGCCAUCCCGUUUCAUCGUUAGCAUGAAUGACAAUUUUUACCCAAGUGUCACCUGGGCUGUGCCGGUCAGUGAAUCCAACACGCCCUUACUGACUAAAAUCAAAAGGGACCAGAGCUUCACUACCUGGCUGGUGGCGCUCAACACCACGUCCAGGGAAAAGAUCUUGCUCCACACCAUCAAGUGGAGGAUGAGGGUCGAUAUUGCUGUGGAUCCAUGCCUGCCUCUGGGCUCCAGGGCCAGACUGAUGGGCCGGGUGCAUCAGGACCAGCCACGGGUGUUGACCCGCAUGGAGCCCAUCCCCACCAACGCCAUGGGGAGGCCCAACGCCAACGACGCCCAGGUUCUUAUGUGGAGACCAAGGAGGGGUCCUCCGCUUGUCGUCAUACCGCCCAAGUAG